AUGCGCAGACAAAUGCUAUUGAAGAAACGAUUCACGAAAUGAUGUCUUAGCUGCAAAGAGCAAUAUACGUCGUAUAGAUAAACUCCGGAAAAAAUUAUUAUUAUGUCUAAAAGAAAAGAAGACAAUCCGCUCGCAGGAGCACUUGGAAGGAGACCUCGGCAUAAUCGAAACUUAAGUCGUGAUGAUGUAAGUAACCAGGCAAGGAUUUUAGCCAGUCACUUCAUUCAUGACCGCUUGCAACAGGAUGGUGCUGAAAAUGUACCAGAUGAGGGGGAGGUGAUGCCUCCUGGAACUCCAACAGGUCCACCUAUUGAAAGGAUACGUGAAGUUGCUGCUACGAUAAGAACAAUUGGUGAUGAAUUAGAUGGUGACACGCAACUUCAGAAUGCAAUUAGUCGUAUUCCUCAAGAUUGCCCACGUGACUCUUUUAUGAGGGUUGCCAGGACUAUAUUUCAAGAUGGGAUCAACUGGGGAAGAAUUGUAGCGUUAUUUUAUUUUGCAUACAAAUUAGCUGCCAGAGCUGUUGACAAGUUGAGUUUUAUAAAGAGAAUCAUAGAAUGGGUGGUAGAGUUUAUCAAAGAUUUUGUGGCAGAAUGGAUAAUAGGCAGAGGUGGCUGGGAGUCGGUUGUUGAAUAUCUUGGUACACCCACCAUACAGGCAGCAGGUGUGAUGUUAGCAGGAUUCCUGGCUGUAUUAUACUUUGUGUGGUGGAAGUCCCGAUAGCAGUUCACAAAUUUCUCUCUAUAAAACUUUAUGUACUUCCACUUAUCUUCAAACUUAACCUGACUUAAUUUUAUUUAUUUUUGUUUAAUUAUUUUAUUAUUACUAUUUUUUGUACUGAAAAUUAUUAAACAACUAAAUAUGUAUGCACUUCCUUAGGAUUUAAUCUGCAUUUUUGUUUUUCACUCUCAAAGGUUUUGUCUGAAUGUCAGUGAGCUUGCGGCUCUAUUAAGCAGUUACCUGUGAAAAGCAAAAUUAUGGAGUUGGUCCUAAAAACUGCUCAUUUAUUUUUUAAAAAUAAUAUCAGGUGAAACAAUUACAAUGUAGCAAUGUAACAGCUGUUUGGAUAGGUUAGUAUAUCACUGAAGUAGGAGCAUAAUAACUGUCUCAGGAUGCUGAAAAACCUGGAUGCUAUUUCCAUAUAUAGCAUUGAUUAAUGGAUUUAAGGGUGCAGAGUUUUCAGCAUGUUAUGAAUUUGGUAUUAUUAUGUUGUGUUCAUGUUCUUCCAAAUAUUGUGAUAAACAAAUUUUGUCAGAGAUGUGUAAUUUUAAUUUCAAGAUACAGAAUGGCAACAUAUCCAACAGCAAUAGGUAUGGAUAAUAAAUCAUUCUUAGUUUCUGUUGUUAUAAGAUGGUGUAACAUCUGUAUCAGAUGUGUUUCAAGUAACCUGGUUACAACAAUUUAAGUAGAAUUAUAUACAAGUAAUUAUUGGUGCUUUUUGUAACCAUUUUAAGCAGUUUUUCAUUGAAAGUUCACUUAAAAGAAGAGUUUAUUGUGCUUUCCUGAGUUGAGUUUUGAUGUGUUUAAGUUUCUUAUAAAUUGUGCAGUUUCAUAAUUUUUUCAUACAGCUGGGAAAUCAGUGUGAAAGUUUUUGGGACAAAUACUUGCUUAUGUUACCUAAAGUUCAUGAGUAUCAUCUUUUUUUUUUUUUU